AUGAAUAUUAUUUGUUUAUUCAUAUUUGUACUUAUCUUUUCAAGUACAAAACAAUUUGAUCUAGAAACUUGUCGAUCUCCAUUAGGAAUUGAAACAGGUAAAAUAUUCGAUUCAGCUUUUUCAUCAAGUAGCCAUAAUGGAAUAAAUUCAACUGCAGCGAAAGCAAGAAUUCGAAGUGAAAAUAAUGGAUGGUGUCCAGUACAUAAAAUAUCUACAACAACAUAUGAAUAUCUACAAAUUGAUCUAGUUAAUUUAACUGUUAUUACAUUGAUUGAACUGCAAGGAAAAUUUAGUCAACAACCAAAUGAAUAUUAUGCAGAUUCAUUUCGUAUUGAAUAUCGUCGUGAUAGUAAACAAAAAUGGAUUAAAUAUAAAGAUUUUUCUGGACAAUAUAUUUUAAGUGGUAAUACAAAUAGUUAUAUACCAACAAUACGUGAUAUUCUACCAUCAUUAGUUGCGAAACAAAUUCGAAUUAUACCAAUUGUAACUGGGCUAAAAGCAAAACAUAUUUGUAUGCGUUUGGAACUUUAUGGAUGUUCAUAUCAAGAUGCUCCUAUAUCCUAUUCAAUUCCACAGGGAGAUAAACGUGGUUACGAAGUACAGUUUAUCGAUGAAACAUAUGAUGGACAUUAUGAUAAUGGAACAUUAAUAGAUGGUCUUGGUCAAUUAACUGAUGGAAUUCUAGCUGGAGAUGAUUAUCGUUUAGCAGAUAAUAUUCAAGGUAUAGGUCAAAUUGGUUAUGAUUGGAUAGGUUGGAAACGCAAAUCAUCAACAUCAUCAAAUAUAAAUCUAAUUUUUUAUUUUGAUUCAAUACGAAAUAUAACUUCUAUUCGUUUCCAUACAUCGAAUUUAUUUACACGUGACAUAUAUUUAUUUAAUUCAAUAAUUAUUACAAAUUGUGACAAUAGUAUUAGUAGUAGUAGCAGUAGUAGUUUUUUUCUUAUACCUGAUGAUUAUAUAAAUACUCAAGCGAGAUUUAUAAAUAUAUCGUUAGCUUCUGGUCAUGGAAUUAUAACUAAAUGUUUAAAAGUAACAUUGACAUUUAAUAAUCGAAGUAAAUGGAUACUUAUUAGUGAAGUUUUAUUUGAUUCUGCACCAAUAAAUAAUAUAAUUCCUUCAUUAACAAUGACAACACCAGAUACUAAUCAUAUACCACCAUUGAUUGAUUAUGGAAUAACAAUUAUUCAUUAUUGGCAAUGGUUAUUACUUGCAUCAAGUCUUUUUAUACUUCUAGUUAUUCUAACAAUAUGUGUUUAUUUUCAAUGGAUUCAAACAUUUCGACAUCGACGAAAACUUCGAAAAAUGACUACUCAUUUAAAAUUUCAAACAAAUUAUCAACCAAUAUCACUUAAAUUUCCAUCACGAGCAGGAAUGAAUUGUUGUUACACAACAGUAUGUGAUAGUACAAUGGGUUCUGAUGGUAAUUCAACAUGUUCAACAUCACAUAAUGAUAUGCGUCGUCAUUUGAUUAUUUCAACAGCAACAUCACCAAGAGCAAUAAGUGGAUCAGAUUUUGGUACAAGUAGUACAGCAAGCCCCGCAACAAUGUCAACGAUUUAUCAAUCAAUUGUUAAUCCUUAUUUAACAGCAGUUAAAAAUGAUUCAGUUAAUGUAACACCAAAUCCAUAUGCUUCUAUUGAUACAUAUGCAUAUCCAAUAGUAGGAUCUGAUAAAAUAAUUAAUCCAGACAAUUCAACAGUAAAUAUUCAAGGUCCUUGUGGAAAUUGUACAUAUCAAUCAUUAUCUACAAUAAAUAAUUCUCUUACAACGCCAUUAAUUCCACGAAUUGGCGAUGAACAAUUAAUUAUUGAAGAACGUUAUUCAACAAUGCAUGGUCAUUUUGGACAAAUUGUUCGUGGUUAUAUCUAUCUUCGUCAUCCGUAUAAUAUACUAAAAUCUAUUCUUAUUAAAGCUUUAACAACAAAUGAUCUUACACAAAAAGAAUUAUUUGAUAGAGAACAUGAAUUAUUAAUUCGUUUAAAUCAUCCAAAUCUUGUUCAAUUUUUUGGUUAUACAGUUAAACAAACUUAUGCACUUAUUGAACAUAGUGAUUUAGGUGAUCUUUAUACAUUUUUAUCAACAACACAAUGUGUUAAACAAGAUCAAAUUUCACUUUCAAUUAAUGUGCAUUUGUUUAUCAUAACACAAAUAUCCAAUGCACUUCGUUAUCUUGAAUCCGAAAAUAUUCUUCAUCGAGAUAUAUCAGCAAGAAAUUGUUUAAUCUAUCCAAAUUAUGAAAUUAAAUUAACAAAUACAGCUAUAGCUUCGUUACAAUUUCAAACGCAUUAUUAUAAUAUCAAUCAACAUCGUUUACCAAUUCGAUGGAUGUCACCUGAAGCAAUUUUAAAUAAUGAAUUUACUUCUCAAUCAGAUAUAUGGUCAUUUGGUAUAACACUCUGGGAAAUAAUGACAAAUUGUUUAACAUUACCAUAUGCUUUAUUAAAUGAUGAACAAGUUUAUCAAAGAUUAAAAUUAAUGGGUACAAAUCUAAAUCAAUCAUCAGGUAGUUUACAAUUAUCAAAACCAGAAUGUUUAAGUCGUGAACUUGUUGAUUUAAUGCUUGAAUGUUGGCGUCCAUAUGGUGAAAGACCAACAUUUAAUGAAAUUUUUAAUUUUUUCAAUAAACGACUUGAUGAAAGAUCAACAGCUCAAUUCGUUACUGUUAGUUGUUAUGAAUGCAUAAAUUGUACCGAUCCAUUUUCAACAAGUACCGCAACUGUCACAUCAAAUUGUAAUUCAUGUUAUAAACUAGCAAUUAAUGUUGCUUAUGCUCCCUAUCGUUAUGUAGUUCGUAGAUGUCUUGCAGCUUGUCUCGAAACAACUCAAUCGUUUGGUGGUGGACAAAUAGUCACUACUUGUUGUGCGAAAAAUUAUUGUAAUGGAAGUUCAAUGAUAAAAUUUCCAACAAGUUCUCGUUUAUUACUUUUUAUAUUCAUUAUUCUCAAUUUUCUCAAAUAUUUCUAUUAA